AACUAAUACACUUCAAUAUUUUCAUCAUUUCUCAACACCAUCUUCAUCCUUCCCAAAGCAGAACAUUCCAGAGAAAGAGAAGUGUGAGAGACUGAGUGGCGGAGACGACGAGAGUGAUCGACGGUGGAACGGCGGUGGAACGCGACGACGAGGACCGACGGUGGAACGCGACGACGUGAGAGAAGAAGGCGCCAGCGACCUACGAUAUGUUCUUCAUCUUUUCUUUUCGUAGUUUUGAUCUUCAAGUAUUCUCUUCUGGGGUUUGGAUCUUAAUGAAAGAAUGGUUUUUUUCUCAGGGUUUGUGUUCUGAUAUCGUUCUCAUAUCUUUGUCUGAGUUAAAGUUUUGAUGUUUUGAUGUUUACGGUUAUUUUUCAUAACUUGUAAUUACAAUUAUUCCGAAUAGGCUGUAGAUUUGAAAACCAACCUUGUAUAUCACAUGCAUGUCAUUCCCCUUUCUUUGUCUGCAUUAAAGGUUUGAUUUUUAUGUUAUUUAUGGUUUGUAGAUUUGUUAUGGAACCUUGUUUAUCACAUGAGUGUUCUUUUUUUGGUGGGAUUGAACCAUAUUUUUAUGUUGAUAUUGAAUUUUAAACGUCUGGGUUCACAUUCUUAAUCUGUGCUUUGAACUGAUUAUUUGUGUUUUUGAAGAGAUGAGUCAAACAAGUGCUUAUGGCCCUUACACACCUGGUUUCAAUACUGUGAUAAAGUUAAACCUGGAUGACGUGGAAGUUCCAGUAGAGUUUAUUGCACAAUACAAAUCUAUGCUGGGAAAUCAUGUUGUGGUUAGGGAUCCUGUAGGGGGGAGUUCACCUUUCAGUUGGUUGUGGGUAAUAAUGGAGGUUUGCUCAUUGAUGCUGUGGUCAAGUUUGUAAAAAUGUAUGAUUUGAAAAGAAAUCAUUGGGCAGAUUUCUCCUAUUGUGGAAAGAACAAGUUUUCUAUCAGGAUAUUUGAUAGACUGAUGAAUCAAAUAAGCUAUGGUGCUGGCCCUUCUGUAAGGCAACCUGAUGUUGGGAGUUCAGGUAAGAAUGGUGAAGAGGUGGUUGUGUCUGAUGUUGGUGAUAAGGAUGAAGUUGGUGGGGAAGUUCCAGUGGAUGAUGUCGGUGGUAAGGUUGAAGUUGGUGGGGAAGUUUCAGUUCCAGUGGCUGAUGUUGGUGAUAAGGAUGAAGAUGGUGUGGAAGUUCCAGUUCCAGUGGCUGAUGUUGGUGGGGAGAUACCAUUAGCUGAUGUUGGUGGGCAGUUUAUGGAUGUGGAUAACAUUGAAGAGAAUGAUGUAAUUAUGAUAUCAAGUGAUGAUGAGGAGGAUGAUGGAAUUGUGCAAUUAAGUGAUGAGGAGGAGGAUGAUGGAAUUAUGCAAUUGAGUGAUGGAGAGGAGGAUGAUGGUGUGGAGAGGGUUAUUCAUAAUUUUGAUAAGGUCAUUAGCAGCUCUGAUUCUGGUGGAGGCCAGACAAUGGCAUUGCCUAAGUUGUAUGUGGUGAAUCAUAUUAGGGCAAACUGGGAGAAUAUCGUUCUACAAACCCCUAGGGGUAGAACUUAUAGUUGUCUGCUGAAAAGAAGGAAUCCAAGGAAGAUUGAUACUCCAAUCCACAUUGCAAAGGAUUGGUAUCAAUAUGUGAAGGAUCAUGAGUUGAAGUAUAGGGAUGUUGUGCACUUUCGGCCAGUUAGCACUCACAACAAUUUGGUUAAUGUUACCAUUACCCGUGGGCAGCCGUAUGUAUAAUAUAUGGCAUCUCAAUCAUUCUCUUCGACACAAAGAAGAAAUGGGAUUGCUGAUGGAAGGCUCUGUACUUGCGGCCUUACCCCAGCCCUAAAGACUUCAUGGUCCAGUAGUAAUUAUGGACGAAGAUAUUUUCAAUGUCCUUUGAAGGCUUGUGGGUAUUAUGAUUGGCUUGAUCCCCCUGUGCAUGGGCAAGUUGUUGAAGCCCCCAUGACUGCUGCUGUGACUCCUGGUCAAGUUGAUGAUUGCUUUGAAGGAUUAAAGAGGGCAGAAGCUUUGAUCUCUGACUACAAGAGAAGGGAACAAAUGUAUUUCAUUGUUGUUGUUGUCUCUUU